AACCAGGAAUACGGCUCAAGUAACUUCUAGAUAUAUGUCAUGGGUUGUAUUACUACAGAAUUAUUAUUAUUAUUAAACAUGAUUUAUGAUGUUCGGAACACCUUUUGUUGUUACAAAAGUAGAUCUCUCCAGUUUAAAUACAACUACUAAUCAUAAUAAAAACAAUUUAUGCAGUGUUUUUUUUCCUUCUCACAAAUUGAAAUAAAAGUUAAAUAUUUUAAUUAGCUAAUAAUUCAUGAUUUUCAUCAUAUUGUUGAUAUUGUUUUUGUAUUUGUAUUUUCAGAUGAGUCAGAUGAAGCAAGUAUCAUUAAAAUUUCUGAAAAUAAAUGCCACACUAUCUAUUAAAUCCAUACUGUUGAAAAAGUUGCUUCCAGCUCCAAACUGGCAAUCAUCCAACUCCAGCAGACAACUUCAUAUAUGCACGAAGUGUUUGAGUAGGUUUUGUUACAAUUCCAAAAAAUCAAAUUUUGCAAUUCCUGUUUUCCUAAAAGCAGAAGAUCACAUAGGAAGAACUGCCAUCAUUGACCAAAAUGGCCGCUUCUCAUAUGAUGAUAUUCUUCACUACAGUACUGGUCUCUCUCACCAGUUGUUGAAGCUCGCUCAGUGCAGCAAUCUAAACAAUGGCAGAGUUGCAUUUUUGUGUGAGAACGAUGUGUCAUAUGUGGUCGCCCAGUGGGCUACCUGGAUAGCCGGGGGCGUGGCCGUGCCUCUCAGUAAAAGUCACCCAACCUCUGACCUGGAGUAUUUUGUGGCCGACUCGCAGAGCUCAUUGCUUGUGGCGUCGGAAGAAUUUUCACAAGUGCUGAUGCCUAUUGCUACCAAGCUACAAGUGCCGCUGAAGAUUCUGACAAAGCACGAUUUUGCUGGUGUUUAUGACACAGAAAGUAAUCUGUGGUUUAAAUCUGAUGACACCGUGACAACGAAGCGAAGAAAACGAAGUCGGCCAAAAGGAAAGUUUGAUGAUCUGGUGAACACUAACAAAUACAAACACAUGCCAGCCAUGAUUGUCUACACCAGUGGAACAACAGGGAGUCCAAAGGGUGUGGUGUUGACCCAUGGUAACCUGUACAGUCAGAUGUGUGCGAUGGUCGAGGCGUGGCAGUGGAGUCGAAACGACGUUGUCCUGCACGUUCUACCGCUGCAUCAUCUCCAUGGCAUCGUCAACGUCCUCAUGACAUCGUUAUUCUCCGGUGCCACAUGCUUGAUGAUGCCCAAGUUUGACGCCCAACAGGUGUGGGCCAAACUGCUGAACCCACAAGCAGGUUUUGAGGGGGAGAGAAUCAACAUGUUCAUGGCUGUACCCACCAUAUACGUGAAGUUGAUUGAGCACUUCGAGACGCGGAUCCGAACGGGCCGAGUGUCCCGGUUGGCGAGUCAGUAUGUGAAAUCCAUGUGUCAGACCAGAGUCAGACUGAUGGUCAGUGGAUCGUCGGCCCUGCCUCAGCCUGUGAUGGAGAAGUGGGAACAGAUCACAGGGCACCGGUUGUUAGAGAGAUACGGCAUGACGGAGACUGGCAUGCUUCUCACAAACCCCAUCGAUGGACCCAGAGUUCCAGGUUCAGUUGGUCACCCGAUGCCUAGUGUGGAGGUGUGUAUUGGCAGGCCUAACGUGUACACUGAGAUUGGAUACGAUAUCGUUGCACAGGGAAACAGCAAGAGAACAUCCUUGAAAUCAGGUGAGAAGGAAUAUUUUGGAGAACUUCUUGUGCGAGGUCCGAACGUCUUUCAUGAAUAUUGGAACAAGCCGGAAGCCACAAGACAAGCUUUUACCAAGAAUGGAUGGUUUAAAACCGGAGAUACAGUUGCUUAUGUGAAUGGAAGGUACAAGAUAAUUGGCCGAACAUCCGUGGAUGUUAUCAAGAGUGGUGGCCACAAGAUCAGUGCCCUGGAUGUCGAGCGACAUCUCUUGAGUCAUCCACACGUUGCGGACUGUGCUGUCGUCGGUCUGCCUGACCUGACCUGGGGUCAACGGGUCGCGGCCAUCUUGGUCUUGAAACCAGAACACAAACUUUCUCUCGGACAGCUCAAAGUGUGGGCUGCUGAUAAAAUUCCAUCGUACGAAAUCCCUACAGUUGUUAAGUGUGUUGAAUUCCUGCCACGGAAUGCUAUGGGUAAAAUCAAUAAGAAAGAACUUUUGAUGCAGAUCUUUCCCGAAUAUACAAAGCAACGAUGAAUCCAGUGUAGAAUGACUCCGAUUAAGAAUUGUCUGUUAUUUCUUUUACAUUUGAAGCCAUUCACACAUAAGUUUGCGGAUGAUUUUUUUUUCUUUUCAGACCCAGAUGAACAUGAAAGACGAUCCUUUUAAUUAAAUUUGAAACAUACUUACUAAUAAUAACACUAAAAGUUCACAUUUUAUUUGGAAGUAUUUUUUUUGUUCUAAAUAAUAACGCUGAACAAGACAAAGUACCAAUAUAAAAUGAUGUCAUCAGAUAUGAUGUUUCAUGACGAUGUAGUUUUUACGUUUAUCGAGAAAUGCAUUGAUAUGGCUGAACCAAUGAGAUGAUGUUAUAUUGUAAUGAAUGUAACAGAAAUUUAAUUAUAUAAUUGAUUGUAAAUUGGGUGAAAAUCCAUGCUUAUAAAUCCUGCAUCAUUUGUGUCCAUCCUUGAGUCUUAAACCGUAUACGCACACAUUAUUUUCUAGGUUAGGUUGUAUUUAAGUCAAUGUCAUGAACAUGUGCUAGGGUGCUUAUUUGCGAGAACCAGUCCUCCACAACUGGUCUAACAAAGGCUGUGGUAUGUACUACCCUGUCUGUGGGAUGGUGCAUAUAAAAGAUCCCUUGCUGCUAAUCGAAAAGAGUUUCCCAUGAAGUGGUGACAGUAGAUUUUCUCUCUCAGUAUUUGUGUGGUCUGACGCCAUAUAACCGUAAAUAAAAUGUAUUGAGUGUGUCGGUAAAUAAACAAUUUCCUUCCUUAUUUGCAAGAGAAUAAACCAUCGCAAAUAUUAAUCAGGUUUACAUUAUAUGUUUAUCCUCAAGCAUCUAGAAUACAUUGUCCUAUGUCGUCUAAGUAAUUAUUGGUGAAUAAUUUCUUCUUCAUUUAUAUUUAGUUUUUUCAUAAUGGUUAAUAAAAGGUUGUCUUUUAUUAAUUACUGUUAAUCAGAAGAAACAAAAAGCUUGCAAUUACAUUUUACAUCCAACCUCAUGUUGCAACAUUUAUUUGCAGAUAUUAUUUUUAUUGCAGAUAUACAUUACAGAUACCAACAGUUUUUCACAGAAUUUACAUGUAAAGUGUUUAUGUGCAACGUAAAAAACAAAUGUUGCAAUAUUAAUGUUUUAUACCCCAUGUUUUAUACUUUGGAGACUCUUCAUCUUUUCCAGUUGUGCUGAUCUAUCGUAAAUGUGAUCUCAUCUGGGAUUGAAGGGCUACCUCUGGCACUCACCAAAUUCGCCAAUUGCAAAUUUUAAAAACAAUUAGCGAAUUUUAUUUUAAUUUGGCAAAAUUAUUUUAUGUAAUAAUUAAUAUUUUUGUUAGAAGAGAACAGGAUUUCUUCAAUUUUUGAAGAUUUAACAGAUAAUUUGGAGAAAUGUUCUACUCGCCCAGAGCUAUCUCUGCUUUGAUUUUCCUUAAUUCCUACGCAGUUACACUGGGGUUUUUUCCCCUGGUUUUUGUGUGUGUGUUGUGUGUGUGUCUGUAUGUAUCUGUCUGUGUGUGCGUGUCGGUGUGAGUCUGUGUCUGUGAGUGUGUGUGUCUGUGUCUGUAUUUGUGUGUGUCUGUGUGAGUGUGUG